CGCCGACAGCCGGAGAGACCGACCGAAGGACGCGGGACCGGGUCUCCGCUGCCACCACGGGGCGCUCCCUCUCGCCCUCCGAGUGCGGCCACCUGGUCUUCCCCUCGGCCCCCGGCCGCCUAAGACUCAACAAAAUGAAACCAGGAUGCUUUUGGCUGCAUCUCACACUGCUUGGAGCCUCCCUGCCUGCUGCGCUGGGGUGGAUGAACCCAGGAACCAGCAGAGGAUUGAACAUGGGUGUGGGAGAGUCCCGGGAAGAGGAAUCCAGACGCCUUGAAGUCACAAGAAGAGAAGGGCUUUCCGGCCACCGUGGGCUGCCGGCCUCCUGCAGGAAGAAGUUCUGCAGCUACGGGAGCAGGUGCGCGCUCAGCAGGGAGACGGGGGAGCCCGAGUGCCGGUGCCUGGAGGCCUGCAGUCCCAGCUACGUGCCCGUGUGUGGCUCCGACGGGAGGGUUUACGAAAACCACUGUGAGCUCCACCGUGCUGCCUGCCUGCUGGGGAAGAAGAUUGUCAUCGUCCACAGCAAGGACUGUUUCCUUAAAGGUAACCCAUGCACCAUGGCCGACUACGCCCGCCUGAAGAAGGCCCUCCUGGCGCUGCAGACCCGCCUGCAGCCGCUCCAUGAAGGGGACAGCAGACAAGACCCUGCUUCCCAGAAGCGGCUCCUGGUGGAAUCUCUGUUUAAGGACUUGGAUGUAGACGGGGACGGCCACCUCAGCCGCUCUGAACUGGCCCAGCACAUGCUGAAGGAGCAGGGCCUGGAAGAGGACUUCCUGGGGUGCUCACCAGGCGACCUCCUCCGAUUUGAUGACGACAACAAAGACGGCCUCCUGACCCUCCAUGAGUUCUACACAGCCUUCCAGGUGGUACAGCUCAGCCUCGCCCCUGAGGAGAGGGUCAGUGUGGCCACAGUGACCGUGGGCCUGAGCACAGUGCUGACCUGCGCUGUCCACGGAGACCUGCGGCCGCCCAUCGUCUGGAAGCGCAACGGGCUGGCCCUGAACUUCCUGGAUUUGGAAGACAUCAAUGACUUUGGAGAGGACGACUCCCUCUACAUCACCAAGGUGACCACCAUCCACAUGGGCAAUUACACCUGCCAUGCCUCUGGCUACGAGCAGCUGUUCCAGACCCACGUCCUGCAGGUGAAUGUGCCACCCGUCAUCCGUGUCUAUCCAGAGACCCAGGCACAGGAACCCGGAGUGGCAGCUAGCCUGAGAUGUCACGCAGAGGGCAUUCCUAUGCCCAGAAUCACUUGGCUAAAAAAUGGCAUGGAUGUCUCAACCCAGAUGUCGAAACAGCUUUCCCUUCUAGCCAAUGGGAGCGAACUCCACAUCAGCAGUGUUCGCUAUGAAGACACAGGGGCGUAUACCUGCAUUGCCAAAAAUGAAGUGGGCGUGGACGAAGAUAUUUCCUCCCUCUUCAUCGAAGACUCGGCUAGAAAGACCCUUGCAAACAUUCUAUGGCGAGAAGAAGGCCUCAGUGUGGGAAACAUGUUCUACAUCUUCUCCGACGAUGGCAUAAUCAUCCUGCACCCGGUGGACUGUGAGAUCCAGAGGCAUCUCAAACCCACGGAGAAGAUCUUCAUGAGCUACGAAGAAAUCUGUCCUCAAAGGGAAGGAGGCGCCACCCAGCCCUGCCAGUGGGCCUCAGCAGUGAAUGUCAGGCACCGCUACAUCUAUGUGGCCCAGCCCGCGCUGAGCAGAGUCCUCGUGGUCGACGUGCAGGCCCAGAAAGUCCUCCAGUCCAUAGGUGUCGACCCUCUGCCGGCUAAGUUGUCCUAUGACAAAUCACAUGACCAAGUGUGGGUCCUGAGCUGGGGGAACGUGCAUAAGUCCCAACCAAGCCUCCAGGUGAUCACAGAGGCCAGCACCGGUCAGGGUCAGCACCUCAUCCGCACGCCCUUUGCAGGAGUGGACGAUUUCUUCAUUCCUCCGACAAACCUCAUCAUCAACCACGUCAGGUUCGGCUUCAUCUUCAACAGGUCUGACCCUGCAGUCCACAAAGUCGACCUGGAAACACUGAUGCUCCUCAAGACCAUCGGGCUGCAGAGCCACGGCUGCCUGCCGCAGGCCAUGGCCCACACCCACCUGGGCGGCUACUUCUUCAUCCAGUGCCGACAGCACAGCUCCUCUCCAGCCGCCCCGCAGCUGCUGCUCGACAGUGUCACGGACGCCGUGGUCGGCCCCAACGGCCACGUUACCGGCACCCCACACACUUCCCCCGAUGGGCGCUUCCUAGUCAGCGCCGCCUCCAACAGCCCCCAGCUUCACGUGCAGGAGAUCACGCUGCGGGGGGAGAUCCAGACCCUCUAUGACCUGAAAGUGAGCCAGGGCGUCUCAGACGUGGCCUUCCAGCCCUCCUUCACCCAGGGCGACCAGUACUACGUCUAUGCCACGCUAGAGACAGAGCCAGACCUGCUCUUCCUGGAGCUGUCCACGGGGAAGACGGGCAUGCUGAAGGGCUUGAAGGAGCCGCCCGCGCCCGUGGGGCCAGCCCGAGCCUGGGCCGGGCCCCGCAGGAUUGUGAGGGACAGCGGGCUGUUCGGGCAGUACCUCCUCACGCCGGCCCGAGAGUCACUGUUUCUCAUCAACGCGAGACAAAACGCGCCGCGGUGUGAGGUGGCGGGAGUAAAGGGAGGGACCACAGUGGUGUGGGUGGGCGAGGUAUGAAGCAGCCACCAGCGCCGCCUGGUACUGACACCGCAGCCCCAAGCAGGCACCCUGUACAUUUUUACAGACAAAAGCAAAAACCUGUAUUCGCUUUGUGGUUCAACACUGGUCUCCUUGCAAGUUUCCUAGUAUAAGGUAUGCGCUGCUAACAAGAUGGGCGUUUUUCGUUAGGACGUAUGAUUUCUGCCUUGAGCUACGAUGAGAAUAUGCUGCUGUGUAAAGGAAUCAUUUCUGCGCCCAGCUACGCGCCACGUUACCUGGGCCGCCAUGGAACCAGGAGCUCCUGCUUUCCAGGCGGAUGCUUCUGUCGGUUGCCUUCGCCUAGUCAUUCUCCAGGGUCCGGCCAGACUUCACCCUGAUGUGGCCUGAAGACACAGGCUCCCCGGAGCAGGGCUCUCCCUCCUGGCGUGAGAGCCACAUCGCCCUCGCUCUGGACCUCAUUUUCUCCUUCGCAGUUGCUUCUUGCUUUUCUUUCCAUUUGACUUCUUGUAAGCCUGAGGGAGAGCCAACAAGACUUAUUGCAUCUUGGGGGAUGGGGAAAUCACUCACUUUAUUUUGGAAUUUUUGAUUAAAAAAUAAUUUUUUAUAAUCUCAAAUGCUAGUAAGCAGAAAGAUGCUCUCCGAGGUCCAGCUAUAUUCCUCCCUGCCUUAGGCCAUGGCUCUGAGAGUCACCACCCCACAUCCAGAAAGAAGACAAUGGCCACCAAGCGAUCGUGCUCCUCUGCACCAGGGGCACCCCCAAGUGCAGAUCAGGCCACCAAAUUGGUAAAGGCUCCGUUCUGGGUUGGGACCCCAAGAGACCAAGACAAACCCUGCGUGCCUGCUUUUCACUACUGAAGGGGGACAUUUAUUAGCCAGCCCAGUACCCCAGAUUCAGGGCAGACCAGGCUUGCCUGGAAAGGUGUGUGCGGCCUGCAGAACAGUGGCCUCCAGGCUCAAUGCAGAAACCCAAAGGAUACAAGUGGGGUUCAGGCGGGUUCCUUAGGCUAUCCCUUUUAAAACCCCAUUUCUCUUCUCCCUGUGGCCCUCGCACUCAGCUCUGGCCACCCCAGUCCCUGCAUCAUCAUAGCACAGACAGCACAUUUCAGUAAGUGUUUCUUACACUUAGGUCCCUCUCUCCCCAGUAAUACACAAGGAUACGGGCUGGCACUGCUGCAUUAUUCCCAAAUGUCUCAGGCUGUGGUAAGCUCUCCACUGGGCAUCAAAGAAGUACAACCCAGCAGCCCCGUGAAGAGAGCCCAUAUCAGAGAAUCUCAGCAAGGAAGAGGUCCCCUUGGGCUCUCAAAACACCCCUUUCCUUCUCGUGCACAUCAGUGGUCAAAUCGCAUUUGUAUGCCUUCUGGCUUGAAGGGUCAUUUUUCAAGCCACCUGAAGUUGGAAGAGGUGGUCCCAUCACAGACACGUUAGGUUAGAUGUCUUCACCUGCCAACAUGGCCAUGAGUUUCUUGGGCUGCUGAGGAAUGGCCCCUUUCAGAGAAAGGAAGACACAGACCUUGCCUCACUGGAAACAGAGCUUCUCACUCCCACCUAACUGCCCAACCCACCUGCCCGCCACAGAGUUCCCGACAUUGGCCAAUCCUCUAGUGUGUUUCAUGCAUCUCAGUCCACCAAACUCUUGUCCCCAACAACUCCCAGGGUGUGCCUAGACAAAUACAUUCAUAGAUUUUUUUUUAAGAUACAAUAUGUAGGUAUAGGUUGAAGAAACUGACCUCAAAAGUCUAAUAUUUAGUUUCACAAUAACUGGGAUGGAUGGAAAACACAUCUCACCUUUUUUUUAAUUCCUGCCUCAAUGUCUUGACACAUUUUCUUCCAAAGUCCCACUUCUAUCCCUGAAAUUCUCCAACUUUCGUGAGCUUCUUCCUUUGGAAAACAUCUGAAUUGUGGCAGCCCCUGGAAGAAAAAGAAAGUCUCUGAGCCUACAUGAAGAGAGUCCACCAACUGCCAGGCCAGAACACUGGCCCCUCUGGACUGCAGGACUGCUGAGUAAAAGACCAAUCCAGUCCCAACUGGCCUUUUCAACUGGGAGUGACUUCAGCGGCACCUGUUCCUUUUCCACAAUUCCUUCCACUUCUAAGUGUGUCUGGAAAGCUUCUCUGCCUCUCGUCGUACCUGUGAAGUUGCAAAGCUGGAGAUGGCCAGUUCAGGUCUUGCUGCCAGCAUUUCAGACACAAUUAAAUAGGAGAGGGGAAUCACAGCCCUGAAAACUGUGAAAUUUGCAAAUUCACAAAGGAAAGUCAAUGUUUUUUCAGCAGUGCAACCGACUGAAGGGCUGGCUAGGACUCCACCCGCCCCUUUCUCCCACACAUUAACCCCAGCAGAGGCUCGUGGAACACAGUUUGAAAGCCACUGGGGUACGAUGUCAUCACAACAGCCAGCGAUCCUUCUGAUGAACACAAAUUAUUGGCUAUCUACUAAUAUUUCACAUUAAAGGAGUAUUCGUUUUACCAAAAGAAUCACCCCCAUAGCCACUUACGUGAUGAACUAUUUCAAAAUUACUGGAUUUUGAAAUAAAAUUCAUUUCACAAAAAUUCAAAGUAGAUUUUUUUUCAG